ACAUAUGUAAAAAUGGAUUUAGCCAAAAUUUAGAUUCUAGUUUUAGUCAAUCCAAACGAAUUUACCAGUCAGUUCGUAGAGGUUCAUUCAGAAAUAUUAACCGUUAUGUAAAUAAAAUUUUUUUUGAAACAGUUUUAGUCAAUGGUAAGAAAUGUCCAAGAAAAUAUCUAGUUUAUUCACAAUCUAAGGGUUCAGUUUUUUGUGUUCCUUGCUAUUUAUUUAAUAAUACUUCUGCAUUUUCAAAAAAUGGUUUCUCGGAUUGGAAAAGGCCAAAAUCAAUAGACAAACAUGAAAAUUCACUUUCACAUAAAACAUGUGUGGUAAAAAUGAAAAAUAGAUCUUCUGAAUUGAACAAUGUUAAUGAAGUGCUUACAUUUCAAUUAGAAACAGAAAAAAUAUAUUGGAAAAAUGUGCUCACAAGAGUUUGUGCUGUUGUCAAAUCGUUAUCUAGUCGAGGUUUACCUUUUAGAGGUGACAAUGAGAAUAUUGGUUCGCUGCACAAUGGAAAUUUUUUGAUGUGCCUUGAAAUGAUCGCAGAAUUUGAUCCUUUUUUGGCUAAUCAUUUGGCAAACUAUGGUAAUCCUGGGAAAGGUUAUACUUCUUACUUGUCUCAUUCAACAUAUGAACAAUUUAUCAAGUUAAUGGUGACUAAGGUUCAAAAUCAAAUAGUUGAAGAAGUCAUUAAUGCGCAAUAUUUCUCCAUUGUUAUAGAUUCAACUCCAGAUAUUGCACAUGUUGAUCAACUAUCUUUUAUACUAAGGUAUGUUAACAACAAAGGUUUACCUGUAGAAAGAUUUUUAUGUUUUUUAGAAAAUGUUGGACAUAAAUCUCAGUGCAUGGCUGAUACUGUGUUUUCUAUCUUAAAAAAAUAUAAUAUUGAUAUUGCAUAUUUGAGUGGUCAAUCAUAUGACAACGCAAAGAAUAUGUCUGGUAUUUACUCGGGUCUCCAGGCUAGAAUUAAAGAAGUUUCCCCAUUGGCUGACUUUGUACCAUGUUCAGCCCAUUCCCUCAAUUUAGUAGGGUCAUGUGCAGCAAGUUGCUGUAAGGAAGCUAAUAUAUUUUUUAAUUUUAUUCAAAGUAUUUAUACAUUUUUUUCCUCAUCAACUCAUCGUUGGAACUUACUUAAAGUAAAAUCUACAUUGAAAAAUCUUUCCGAAAUAAGAUGGUCCGCUCGGGAAGAUGCAUGUAAAGCUAUAAACCAAAAUUGGGAUAGUGUUAUACAAAGUCUAUGCGACAUAUCAGAAAAUAUAAAUGAAAAAUCUAUCACUCAAAAUGAAGCUCGUGGUUUACUUAGAUUAAUGAACCGUUUUGAAGUUACAUUUAUGUCUCUAUUUUGGGGUGAUUUACUUCAACGAUUUAAUGUGGUUAGUAAACAUCUACAAUCAGUCAAUAUUGAUGUAUGUAAAGUGUGUGAUCAAUAUGAAGCAUUGAUUAAAUAUGUUGUAAAUCUCCGUUCUGAUGAAAUGUUUCAACAUUAUGAAGUACUAGCAAUGAAAAAAUGUUCUGAUAAUUGUUACGAAACUAUUUACAAACGUAAAAAAAAAAGGACAAAACAUCAUGAUGAAACAGCUAGUAUUAUUGAAAAUGAAAUCAAUUUAACAGGUAGUUUGGAAUUCAAAGUAAACACAUAUUUAGUGAUUUGUGAUUCUAUAAUAAAAGAAUUAACAAGUCGAAAGUUAGCUUACGAUAAUGUCAUAACAAAGUAUAGUUUUUUUUUAAGACUCACAAAGAUAAAACCAUCAGAAGUACGUGUUUCAGCUGAACAUUUGUACUCAAUGUAUUCAAAAGAUUUGGAUGUAACAUUUAUUAACGAAUGUGUUCAUUUUCAAAGUUAUAUUCAAAGUAUGAAAAAUUUUCCAUCAACUAUAAUUGAUAUGAGUUCUAUGUUAAAAAUAGAAGGUUUAGAAGACAUUUACCCGUAUGUAUUGAAAAAUGCAUUGGUUUGGUUAGACAAUUGGGAACCAAAUGUUACUAAAAAUUUCAUAUCAGAAGAAAAGUUUUUAACUAAAAACACAGCAGAAGGGCUUAGAAUAACUAUACAAUCUUCAAUUGACAUAAUUAACUACUUACACAUGUGUGGAUUUGAUUAUGUACUAACAUCUAAAAUUAAGCAGGAUUGUGUUGAAAAAUUUUUUGGAAUAAUAAGGCAAGUGGCAGGACCUAACGAUCAUCCAUUAUCUAUAGCCGUGGUGUGAACCCCCCUUAAAGGGGACGUCAGAACAAUGUUUUUUUCUCUCUCAGUUUCAACCACAACCUAGAUAUAACCGUGUGGUAAAUCCAGUGGCACCAAACUCUCAACAUUUUAUCCAACCACUCAAAUACCCACCUACAACUUACAAUCAGCAACUUCCUAGUCAUCUAAAUUUAAGAAGUGAAGCGAUCGCAUGAGUUUGCCACCACUGGGAAAAUCUAUAGCUUUAAAUCUAUUUUUAUACCUUAUUAAUAGUUAAUACAUUAUACUACAGCACUACACUUUGCGUGAAAUCGUCUUUUCUUAUUAUUUUCGAGUGAUUAUAUUGAGCGAAAUCACGUAUUAUGUUACCAUUUUCGCAUAAUUUAUAACGAUUUUUAAUAUUUUUAAUUGAUAAUGAAUAUUAGAAAGGUACACAUCCUUACAUAUAUUUUUUAAUAUUUACUUUUUAAUUUCCAGACGAAGAAGAUAAUGGGAAAAUUAGUACAAAAAAAAAAACAAUAAUUUUACGUACUAUCUUAAAAAGAUCACAUUCGCCUAAUCCUCAUCAUAUCCCUAAAUCUGAACAAAAAUCUGUUGUUACAGAAAAAGUUAAUCUAAAAAAAAAAAA